AUGGCUGUGCCUCCCCAGUCGCAGGAGCAGCAUCAACAGCGGGGGCAGGGGCCGGCGGAGAGGCAGCAACAGCAGGCGGCGCCGAUGGAGAGCGAUCGGAGCGUCGCCGAGAUUCGGGCUCUGGAUUGCAAUCUCACCGCGCUUUGCGAGCACAUCCAGGUGGAAGGGUUCACCGCCGGGAUCUUUUCCGACGUUAUUGUCCAGGCCAUGGGUACCACUUACCAUCUCCACCGGCUCAUCCUCUCUCGAAGCUCCUAUUUCAGGUUCGCUUACCCUUCUCCAUCGGACGCCUCUCUCGAUCACUCUUGCUCCUCUGCCUGUCACUGUGGCUAGUUGCUUAUAUUCCUCAGUAAACGGAAAAUUAACGCCAAAUGAUUCACGCUGUGGUCAUCUGUGGCCAUUUGGCGCUGUUGGGCAGAAUCAGAGAAGGUACCUCAAUUUCAUUUUCAAAAGUCCUUGCAAACUCAUGUCUGUAUCUGGCAGGAACAUGCUUCAUGGACCUUGGAAAGAGGCUGGAGCCCCCACGCUGAACUUAAACAUUGACGACGACAAUGUCAGUUCAGAGGCAAUUACAAUGGCCUUGGCAUACUUGUACGGCCAUUAUCCCAAGCUCAAUGACAGAAAUGCUUUCCGUGUUCUAGCUGUUGCUUCCUAUCUCGACCUUCAGGUACCCAUUCGUCAAUAUCCAUCGAAGUAACUUAUAAUGCUGCGUCUUUAGAGGUUUUCGUUGUCAUAUCAUUCUCCUCACGCUGCAGGAUUUAUGUGGGAUUUGCACGGACUUCAUCAUUUCUGAGCUAUGGACUUCCAACUUUUUAGCAUAUCAGGUCGAACAUUUUGUCCACAGUAACCAUUAACUGCGUAAUGUCGGGCGAAUUCCCCUGAUCUUUAACAUUUAUCUCGUAUCCAGAUAUUCGCAGAGAGCCAAGAUUACGGUAUACAUGGAGAGCGUGUGAGAAAUGCCUGCUGGGGCUAUUUAUGCCAGUGUGGUACCAUGGAGCUGAGAGAGGUGUGAUCCACUAUUAUGGCAUCUUUUCUAAAUGCUUUCCUAAAGCCUUUUUAUCUCAUUCUAGAACUCUAUUGAAAAAUUUUCUCGUAUUUUUGAAGUUUAUUCUGUUUUUGACAUCUUGGCCCAAUGAGGUUCAUUCUCAGUUCAGGAGACACUUCUAAAUAAUCGCGUUCUUAUAAGCCUUUGUUUGUUGGCUCUCAAUAUUUUUUUCGAAUAUUUGAGUGCAAUAUUUAUAAUAGAAGCGCCUAUAUACGUCUGUCUCUUAAAGAUCAUAGAUCCACUACAAUCGGCCUAUAGCUGGAAUCGGGUGCUAUAGCCACUGAAUUAAACCUUUUUUAUUCAUGAACUUAAAUUUUCUUCGUUUCACUAACUGUGGGAUUGACAAAGAUAAUGGUGUGAUUGUUUUAUCAUAUUAUGAAAAAUCUAGCAUUCUAUUUUAACUUUAUGAACCAAAAUGUUUUCAUAUUUACUCUAAAUGAAAGUUGCCCAAACCUGCAAAGUUAGUGAUAAUUUUUAAGUGAUGUGACAACCGAACUGAUUCAUUUCACUGGCCAAUUUUCUUCCAAUGUUGUAUUUAAUCUAAUCCAGUGGAGUGUUUAAAAUAGUUGUAGAUCCAUGAUCCAUGAUGAGCCAGACGUUGGUAUUACCUUUUUGCUCCUGAAACCUUGUUGUAAUAUUUUCAGAAGCCGAGUACACUGGGGUUGUUCCUUUUUGGAUCAAGAGUUGGUCCGAAAUAAUGAUCUAGGACCAAACAGUAGGGCAUAGAAUCGCUGAUUUUAAUUAAAUAAAUAGGUCAGAUAUUUGAUUGAGAGCUGAUUUACCAUGGUUUGGUUUUGGAUUGAAUUCAAGUUCUAGGUAGUCCAUAAAGAGCAUGGUUCUGAGCUUGGUUCGUUUGAUAUAAUAUCUUUUAAUUGUUCAAAUUAGGACACAGACUAGACUGUUGUUUCAAGUUUAGGGAAGAAUACUAUAGAAAAAUAGGGAGUGAUUAAGAAUGAGACAAAGAAAAGUGGGCACUACAGGUCUUGAUGCUUUUGAGUGGCAGUGGCUAAUGUUUAGGGUAUAGGGGGGGGUGCAACGACAGUGGCUCUGUAAAUGGGUAACAUGGUGAGGUGAGUGGACAAGGGAGUCAUGGUUGGUUGGGGUGCUGGGGAAGAGGGGCACUUAAGAACUGGAUAGGGAGGGGUAGUGGAAACUGAAAAGGGAGAGGGAGUGCAAACUGGAGUUUUAAAAAACAGGAGGGGAAGGGAUUGGGAGGGAUUUAAUAUCAUUUGGUCGUGCUUUUCACCCUACACAUUAAUUUUUACUUGGGUAUGCUGACACUUCAUUUUAGUGGUUUUGUUUUCACGUUUCAGUUGUAUUUUACCUGGCCUGUCAAAUGCUUUUAUCUAUUUUUUCUUAUUUUCCUGUUCAUUUAAUCAGAAAAUAUUAUGACAAAAAUGUAUCUUGUGCCCGUUUCAUUCAUCCUACGACUGAAUAUGAUUUCGUGAUAACUAGGUGCUUCCUAGACUUUCUUCUCAGACGUUACAUGCUCUUCUGACAUCAGACGAACUUUGGGUGUCUAAUGAGGAGAAACGGUAUCUUAAGAGUGCUUUAUGUCAUCAUAUAUUCAAUCCUAUGGUUAUAUGGGAUUAUUCUGCGACGUUAUUGUUAUUUUAUUUCAGGUUUGAAUUGGCAUUGUAUACAUUGCUUGCAAGAGAUGCAUUUACUGAAGAAAAUAGCUCUGAGCUCAGCCACUCAGCAUGUGAACCAGGAUUAAGCAUGGGCGAUUCUUCUUCGUUGAAGGGAAAGAAGAUGGAUGACGGUAGGACUGGCAAACAACUUAUGGAAUCAGAAUUACAGUGCAUGAACUUACAGGACAAUGCCCUGGAGGGUUAUCAAGCUGGACAGAAUCUCCUGGUUGAUCUUUCAAAAUGUGUGAUGAACUAUGAAGCUAAUGCUCCUUCCUCCAUCUCAACACCUGUGGGACAGACACUGACAUCGCUAACUGGAUUGGACCCAAGAUACUCGUGCAAAGUCGAAAAUGUUGCUUCCCUGAAUAACUCUUUUUCAUGUUCUGAUGCAAUUAGCGUAUCUUGUUCUCAUACUGACAUACAUAAUUGUGCUGAAAGAAGCAGAAUAUCAGGCGACAUCUCAUUGAUUGAAGGUCCAUCAGAUGAUAACACACAUUGUCAAUUGGCAGAUGAUAUCUGGCUUUCCAGGGAACAAUCAAGAAAUUCCUCUUCAGUAAGCACAUCCUGCAGUGGAAGCACUCCUGAUUGGGGAAGAUCCGAUGUGCCUCCUCCAUGGGGUGAAAGAAAAAUUGGCCAGAGGCACGUCAAAUCAAUAAAGGGAAUCUCUGCUAUACAGGGUGAAGAAUAUGAAGCGUUUAGCAGCAUCUUUGAAGGGGGUUCCCUUUUAUACUCUCACAUGUCUUUUGAGGCACUUCUGAAUGUGAGAAAGCAACUUGAAGAGUUGGGCUUUCCUUGCAAAACUGUUAAUGACGGACUUUGGCUACAGGUUAGCCAUCAAAAGCUUCCUUAAAUCACCUAAUACAUUUUAGGCCAGGGGCUUCAACCAUACCUUUGUAAAUGUCUCCUGUCAACAACCUUUUUCUAGUUUACUGUAAUAGACAGGAUCCCUAAUGUAGCACUUGUGCUGAGAUUGCUUUUUUCUAUGCAGAUGCUUUUAAGCCACCGGGUACAAGAAAUUGCAGCUGAUACUUGCAUCACCUGUUGCCUUACAAUUACACAAUGUACAUGUCGGCAACCGUAUGGGUAUUCACAUGGAUGUAAUAGUGGGGGGUACUACAAGCAAGAGCAUAGCCGAAGUAAUGGACCUCAGACAAUGGGGAACGUGUACAUCACAGAUGCUCAAGGUGAAAGAAACGGGCUCUUUGGUCCUGUACGUGUUCAUGUAAGGGGUCCUAUUGAUGGACUUGCUGGUAUAGGCCGUGGAACCACAUUUGUUCCUGGAGCGGCUUGGCCCCCAACCCGACUGGUUUUUUCUCGUGUUCCUCUUGGAGUUGGCAACAGAAAUAGUCAUCAGUCGGUUGCCAAUGAUGAAUCAGAAGCCAGGGUUGAUGUAACGGGGGACCUCACUGGAGAUGGUUUAACAGCUUUGGUUGGGCUUAGUCGAGGAAGCAAUGCUCUUCCUGUUCAUGCAGAACAAUCAGAUGAAUAUGAAACUGAUCUGCAGAGAGGGUUAGGUGCAGCUCCUCCCUUUCCAACCACGAGUGGGAUCUCAAUGCAGAUGAUGGAACCUCAGGAGAAUGGUCUUGGGAUCGGUUGGGAAGAUUCAGAUGCUUCAUCUGUCUCAUGGGAUUUGAAAACAGCACUUCGCCACUUCCCACCAUUUCGCUUUGGGUAGCAUCUGCCUAUUACAAAUUACAUCUUAGUAUCGAACAUUUAUUUAAUUUUUUAUUCUAUAAUCAUUGAUCUCUGCAUGUUUAUUUGGUUGAUUUUCUCUGUUUUAUUGAUAUUGAAUAUUUUUCAUUUGGCAAUGAACUGAUAAUAUCGAUAUUAGUAUGAUUCUUUUCUCAUCUCGUGCUUUUUGAUGUGUUGCCUUGUCUGCCAAAGUGUAUACUGAUAUCCCUAUGUUGAGGGUAUCACAUCACUGUAAUAUUAUUUUUUGAACCUUGGUAUGUUACCAUAACGAUAAUGCUCUUCUUAGGCAUGUUUUUAAACUUGCAUAGUUUUUUUUUUCUUCCUCAUCUAUUACGAAAAUAAGUGUCAUAAAAAGAGUCUGGUCCGAUCGUCAGAUACUAAAACCCAGGGAUGUUUAAGUUCCAUCCAAGUGAUGCCAUAUUUUUAUCAGAGAAUAACGUAUAUUUUUAAUCUCGUUGGAGGUAAGCAUUAGCGUAUCAGAGGGGUUUCAUCUUGACUCAGAAACUUGGGAGAAGUGUCUGGAGGACUGAAGAGGAAAAUAAUAUUUUUGAAUUGUUAUUGGCCAAUUUUUUGUAUGUAAUGAACUUAAUGCUGCAAAUGUCUAGGCUGUUUUCCCUUCUGGGUUUAUUCCAUUUUUGUGCUGCCAGAGAUGAUUUUAUUUGAGCACAUUCUCUUAGGGGCGCGCUUAUUCAAUUAGAACGUGCAAUCAAAUGAUCAGGAUUGGUGUAAGAGAUUGGGAUGUUUCUGGCUGGUCUGGCUAUAUGGGCGGUGCAAGUGCUGUAUCUGCUAAAAUGCAAACUGGGAUAAAUCAUACAGCAUAGAGUCCUAAUGGUCUUUGUGGGUUGGGUGGACUAUUCUGAAGAAGAUGUUAAAUCCCUUGCAUCUCCCUUAUCGUGUCACUCCAACGAUUUACAUCUAAUAUCUGGUUUGGAAAAAGAGCACCAAAUGUGCGGUACUGUCAUUGUUUGCUUCCUAGCACAUUUUAUAUAAAUCUCGAUUGCCCUGUUGAAAAUUUUGAGUGAAGUAUAGAUUAUUUCGCAUAGGAUCAAAACAUGGCUACUUGAAAGUUUAUUCUAAGGAAAGAAAAAUAUUUGAACAAAGGAAUGCGUGGCCAAGAGUUGGGAAGAGACUCUUUUCGAUUCGUUGGAAAAGAUGGAACAUUACGUCAACAAAACAUCAAAUUUUAUUCCAUUAUAAAUAACGUUGAUGCAUUGAGGUAAAGAAAACCAAGGAAUUGGAAGAGGAAAUCCAUUUUUUUUUGGAGAAAGUCAUUGUUUCUUUCAAGGGUAGAUAGGAAAUUGUGAGUUGUAAGUACAUCUUUGUUCCAGACUGGCGGAGGGACAUGAUGAAUGUUGAAUAUUGAUUUUCUCUUGGAAUAUCAGAAAAAUAAGUAAAAAGGCUAAGAUAAGAGCUGUCCGAAACGGCAUGUGUUGUUGCGAAUUGCUUACGAGUAAUGAAGGAUCAAAGAUCGUAUUCAACAUUUAUUGAUAUAUUGCCGGGGGAGAUGAGGAAUAUGGAAUAUGGAUUUUCUCUUGGAAUAUCAAAAGGGUAAAUAACAAGGGAAAGAUAAGGGCUGCCAGAGAUAACAUAAGUGCUGCUACGAUUUGCUUACAAGGGAUGAAGGGCCAAGGUUUGGAUCAUUGAUUCAUAUACCUCUUGGCGCCUGGUGCUAGGUAAAUAUGCUGAAUCUCACAAAAAAAGGCAGAUAAUCGUGGGAAUGAAAUGGGUUGUCAAAGUGAAUGGAGGUUGAAACAUUUACUUCGAUUCAGAGAAGCUAAUUGCAGGCCUAAACGGACCUUGCAAUCAGUGUGAGGAUCAUGUGACACUGUCUUUGCGAGGCUUCCCUUCCCUACAUAGUUUUUCAAUACCUUUUUGAGGAAGUCUCUUCAUCCGCAGAGCAGCUUAUGGAGAAAAAGCCUCCAGAUGGCUUUUAACUUAAUUAUGCUGCUUGGACCUUAUGAAAUCUCCCACCAGAUUAUUCACAUACAUCGUUAAUUCGAGUUAAACUGCGGACAUUUUAGGUAGUUUUCAUGCAAUAGAGAAGAUAAUUGGACGAACGGGAAUGAUUUUGAAGUAACACUAUUGCGCAUAUUAAAUACUUAUGACGUAUUUUUUUAUUUCGUAUGACAAUAUCCCGCGUAGUUCGUUAAUAUUUUUCUUGCAUUCAUAUUUUCUCAUCAUUUAUAUCUCCUCCUUUCCAUUUUAUGGUUCUCAGGGUAGAAUUUGAGGAUGUACAUCGACUAGCUGAUGGGCAAGUGAAGCACUCUCCAGAGGCUUUCUAUGCAGGUUCUUUAUGGAAGGUUUGACAUGCUAUUCAAGCUUUCACAUCUCAUGUUGGUGCCAUAUUUCGACCGAAUUCAACUCCUACGAUCUCAACUACUUAACCGUUUUUGUGCUGUAGGUUAGUGUUCAGGCAUUCAAUAAUGAAUACCCUCAAGGACGUCGGACCCUAGGUAGGUUCAACCACUUCCAAGCUGCAUCACCAUGAAGCAGUGAUGUCCGUUUCCGUUAUAAUCAUAUCCUCUAUAAAAUGGAAAGAUUGGGUAUUUUAUUUCUUUUUUGGUACGUGAAUUUUUUUUAUUAGGUCUUUUUCUCCACCGACGCAAAGCAGAGGCAACAGAGUCCCUGAAGAAGGUAAUUUUUCCUGAAUUAGUACAGAACUAUGGAGAUAAUAUGACAAAACCCUAUCUUCUUCUGCUGCUUCUUUUACUUUCAUCUUAAUUUUUUUUUUUUUGACAGGUUCAUAUGUAUGUAGAUUCACGGGAGAAAGUCACUGCUCGUUAUCAGGUACAAUUAUCUGUGAUAAGAUCACAUUCCUCGUUAGGGGUUAGAUCAUGCCCUUCCAAACAGAUUGAUUAGAUAACUGUACCUGAUAACUAGCUGCCAUAUAUGGUUGAACUGUCUUAUUCUUUAGUUAUCAGCAUAACCUUGGAACCCAAAAUAGUAAAAAAAAUAAACUGGGCUUCAUGCUUACCUGGCACGGUAGCACCGCCAUUAUCUUGUCCACUUUAAUUUUUUUUAAAAAAAUAUAAAGUUAAAUAUUACCCAUCACUGACGCCUCUGCUCUCCAGCUUAUCUGUCCUUCAAAGAGGGAAGUGAUGGUUUUUGGGAGCUUCAAAGACUCUGGGACAUUACUCCCCAAGGCCCCAAAGGGCUGGGGAUGGCGCACAGCCCUGCUAUUUGACGAGCUCCCAGAUCUCCUCCAGGGCGGGGCGCUGCGUGUCGUGGCCGUCGUCCAGCUAGUUUGA